GUCAGAGAACCAGGAAUGAGAAGAAGACAGCGGGACCGAGCUAUCGAGCUGGUGGAACGAAAUGGCUGCCGCGAGGCACACAGCAGCAAGGACCCUACCUUCCCUUCUACGAACCCUAAGCAAGAGUACAAUUAAACCUGCAAAUCAGCCGCUCCCUUCUCUUAGGCGCGCCUUUUCUCUCUACGAUCAGAUCAAUCUCAUCGAUAAUGUCCCUGAGGAUCAAUUGCGCUUCCAAGGGUAUACUGAUACGGGGUUUACAGUAAAUGGAGUUAAGUAUGAGGGUAGCUUGCUUUGUAUCGGAAACUUGCUUAUGUCUUGGGGCCCCAAGAAGUUCUCAGAGAUCACUGCAGACAGCUUAUCUAUCCUCCAGGUUAUUCGACCUACACCAGAAAUUUUGAUUCUUGGCUGUGGAAGGCACAUUGAACAUGUGAAUCCUGAACUUAGAAACUUCAUUCGGUCAAUUGGGAUGAAACUAGAAGCCAUUGAUUCGAGAAAUGCUGCAUCAACUUAUAACAUACUGAAUGAGGAAGGGAGGAUUGUUGCUGCUGCACUUCUUCCUUCUGGAAUUACAUCAUGAGUUCUUGUUGAGACCUAACAAGUAACAACCUCUUGUUGCUGCUGGCUUAUCUCUUUUCGGGUUUCUAUUUACUAGAUGGCCAAUUAUAUUUAUGUUUUGAAUAUUGAAGUCUUUCAGUUGCAGCUUGUUGAGGUAAUUAGUAGUUGAGGCGUGAUUUUUCCCAGAUAAGCUUAUGAUGGAUCAUCCUAGCUUUUGGUUGAUGUGAAAAGGCAAGGCUUUCUUUUUUUCUUUCUAAUAAUACAUUUGGCAUGUGCUUUUUGGCAGCUAACGGAAGUCAAACCUAGGUUACUUUGUUAUACUUCAAACUUACCAUAGAACAAUUAAUUGUUUCUUAUGUUCAACUUGUGACUUAAAUCCUCCAUUUCUUCCCCUUCUCCCUUUUCUUUCUAGUGUCUAAUUAUGUAAUAAAUGCAAGUUCUUUGUAUCCAUACCUCUGAUAUGUUUCAUCAUUUAUCAUUUUAAUAGUGCACAGAGCUAAAGGAGACCUUCACACUUGGUAA